AUGCUGAAGGCUCUUGGGAUCGAGAACCAAGUGAUCAGCAUGACGACCGACACGGCUGCGAACAUGAAGAACGGCGUCAUUGUUCACAUGGCGCCGCAGAUUCAGUGGCUUGGAUGUGGAUGCCACAAGACUGAGCUCACGGUGCAGAAGUUCGUCAACACUCCCGGCCUGAAGGAGACCCUCAAAAGGUUCACCAAGGUUGCCGGGCACCUGCACAAGUCUGCGCUGUCGCUGGGAGCGUUCUUUGAGGCGCAGAAGUCUUGCCGCUAG